AUGGAGACGUUGGGGUUUGCAUUCGAAGGUGAGCUGCUAAUAUGGAAAAUGGCUGGACGCAGGACUGACGUUAUAGAUGAACGCCUGAAUGAUGCCACCAAAAUCAAGAGAAAGUAUCCGGACCGAAUUCCAGUAAUCGUUGAGAGACACCCCGGAUCACAAAUUAACGAUUUGGAUAAGCAUAAAUUCCUUGUUCCCAAUGACAUAACCGUCGCCCAAUUCAUGUGGAUUAUUCGUAAACGACUUCAAUUACCAGCUGAAAAGGCCCUUUUCCUCUUCUUCGACGAUUUUGUUCCUCAAUCUAGGCAAGUGCAUUGCAUUGCAAACGUUUUAAAUUUGAGUAUUGAUCUACUUGAUCGUCGAUCUCUCUGGACAAUGGGUCAACUUUACAACGAGCGCAAAAGUGAUGAUGGUUUUCUCUACGCUCAUUACAGUGGGGAGAAUUCAUUCGGCUCUUUGUAG